GAAUGUCAGCUUGUGUCGCCGUGCUUUGUCUCGUGAUGUGACUGUUUUCUCAUUGUCAUUCGAUUGCUAAUAUCUUCACCCAAUGAUGAUGCCCAGUGAAAGUAUGAAGUAAGCUUCAUUUGCAUUCAUGUUGCUUAAGCCAUAAUGCCACCAUAUACAACCGAGGCACCGGGUAAUUCGGCUCUGAAGGUCAUGUUCGGUUUGGGAUCUGCCCCUCCUAAACAUGAUCCACCAGCCUCAAUGGAACCGUACGAUCUCGGAAGAGAUGGAGAUCUUGGUGCUCUCAGUAAUGCUCAACAAGGAGCGACAAAUAAACUCAAGGUUUACACUGAUAAACUUUCUUACUUGUUAGACUCAAACACGGUUAAGUAAUGAACAGUAUUUGUGGCAACAUCCGGAAGUGAAGUAUAUGGUGACAGCAUUUUUAAGGGAUAUAUUGACUAAACAGCCUGAAAAUGCCCGGGAACACUUCGCUGACUUUUUCACCAGCCCAGAUCUUUUAAAAAACAUCAAGACAGUCGAAAAGGAGUAUGCGGAGAUGUAUCACGAUGAUGGCGUCAUACGUUCUCUUGCUAAAGAAGAUCUUGAUUCGGAGGUUUAAUCUGUAGUUUUUAAAAAACAAGAGAAUUUCAUAUAACUGGAAUCUAGGAGUUCUGUAAAUACAAUUGUAAUUAUAAUCUGUGUUAAUCUCAAAUAUACACUGGAGGAUGGUUAGGUGUAUUUAGUUACACCUUUCCCCACGACACUAUAUUGUCGUCAAACUGCAAAGUAGUGGUCAAGAAUUCCAAGUGUAAUUAAUGUUACAAAGAAUAAUUUGGACAAUAUUUCACUAAUAUGUUGGACAAAGUGUUGAGAUAUAAUAUUUCAUGAAAAUAAAAUUGAUUCAGUCCCAA